AUGGGAGAGGCAAACCUACUCAAUCAAAGCACUUCUGUGACAUACAUUCGGCUUGGAGGCUUAUCUGUAAAUCAGAAGGUUUUACAGAUAACACAGAAGGCUGUGUUUGCCAUGUUCCUCACUUUCUAUGUCCUGACACUGAUUGGGAACAUUCUCAUUGUCAUAACAAUUAUCUGUGACCACUGGCUCCAUACCCCAAUGUAUUUCUUCCUCAGUAACCUGUCUUUUAUUGAUGUCUGUCACUCCACGGUCACUGUCCCCAAGAUGCUGAUAGAUAUGUGGUCCGAAGAGAAGCUCAUCUCCUUUGAGGCCUGUGUCACCCAGACGUUUUUCCUGCACCUCUUUGCCUGCACCGAGAUCUUUCUCCUCACCAUCAUGGCCUAUGAUCAGUUCAUGGCCAUUUGCAAACCCCUGCAGUACAUGACGGUGAUGAACUGGAAAGUAUAUGUGCUGCUGGCUGUGGCCCUCUGGAUGGGGGGCACCGUCCACUCCGUAUCACUGACCUCCCUCACCAUCAAGCUGCCCUACUGUGGUCCUGAUGAGAUUGACAGCUUCUUCUGUGAUGUGCCUCAGGUGAUCAAACUGGCCUUCACAGAUACACACAUCAUUGAAAUCCUCAUCGUCUCCAACAGCGGGCACUCUGUGGUCUGUUUCGUGGUCCUCGUGGUGUCCUACGCAGUCAUCCUGGUGAGCCUGAGGCAGCAGAUCUCCGAAGGCAGGCAGAAGCCCUUAUCCACCUGUGCAGCCCACCUCACUGUCGUCUCACUCUUCCUGGGACACUGCAUCUUCAUCUAUUCCCGUCCAUCCACCAGCCUCCUGGAGGACAAGGUGGUGUCUGUGUUUUUCACCACUGUUACCCCCCUCCUGAACCCCAUCAUCUAUACUCUUAGGAAUGAAGACAUGAAGAAUGCCUUGAACAAGUUCAUGAGGAGGUUGGAGGGGAGAGGGAAAAAAUGA